AUGGUUGAAGAUAUAGAGGAUGAUUUUGAUCGUUUUUGUCGGAUUGGAAUGGGUACUGGGAGUGAGUACUCACAGACUCGACCUGUGUACAGAGAUUAUUUAGCGGCUCCGACGGAAAUCAGCCGCAAUAGAGCCGGAAGCCUGCGAGAAACUGGUCACAAACAUCAUCAUCGUCAUGAAUAUUCUGGUUCUUCUCGUAAGAGGUUCUCUCGAACGACUACAACAGAUGAUGUUAUGGGCUCUGGAAGGAGUUCAACUAUGAGACGGCACUCAUUGGCUCCCACUUAUCAAAACCAACAAUCUAGAGGUUCUCUACAAUACGCAGGUGUAGAUAUGCCAUUUGAUCGACCAAGUUCCUCUCGACCAUAUACACCAACACAAAGAAUAACACCUCCAGUAAGAAAAGAUAGUUCUGGUGGUGUUUUACCUCCCAAUAUCAACGUAUUCAAUGAAGAUGACAACCCCAAACCAUAUGGUUCGAACGUUGUACGAGUGCGAUCGUUUCGACGAACAAAAGCGGGGUUGGUUGAUGAGACGGAGAAAAAGCGACGACUUUCACAUGAAAUAGUCAGUUCGCCUAUGAGAAGGGGAAGCAAAGCAAGAAAUUCCAAACCGUCAGGGCAGACUGAUCAACUGAAACUCUCCGAUCGGUGUGAGGUGGCAAGGUCAAUUCGACGAAGAUCUUUUACAGAGAAUAAUUGGAGCAAUAAUAGUACAGCGAAUGUGGAAAUCGAACCAAAUGAUGUUUCCGAAUGCUCAGAGAGUAAUAGUAUGCGUCAUAGUUGUGUUGGAUUCGUUACGAGUCCAUAUAAAGUUCAGGUGCUUGGAGCCGAUCAAGUCGGCAAAACUACGAUGUGCACUCAGUUUCUAACUCCGGAAUCCCUGGAUGCUGGCUUUGAUUCAGGUAUGAGAGACUCUAUUUUCUUCAAACUCUAA